GCCCCACCCCUCCGGCCCAGACCGGAAAUGAAGUCAGAGAGGGAAACCCGGGCUGGGAGAUUCGGCCCCGAAGGCAGCGCCGGGUGGAGGUGGCUGCGGCAGCCGAUGUGGCCUCAUGGAUGAGCUGGUACAUGACUUAGCCUCAGCCUUGGAGCAGACAUCUGAGCAGAAUAAACUUGGUGAGCUGUGGGAGGAGAUGGCCCUGAGCCCUCGGCAGCAGAGGCGGCAGCUUCGGAAGCGCCGUGGUCGGAAGCGCAGGUCUGACUUUACUCACCUGGCUGAGCAUGCCUGCUGCUUCAGUGAGGCCUCUGAGUCAAGUCUGGAUGAGGCCACCAAGGACUGUCGAGAAGUGGCUCCGGUCACCAAUUUCAGUGACUCUGAUGACACAAUGGUGGCCAAACGGCACCCAGCUCUCAAUGCUAUCAUUAAGAGUAAGCAACAUUCUUGGCAUGAAUCAGACUCCUUUACUGAAAAUGCACCUUGUCGACCACUCAGACGCCGGCGUAAGGUGAAGAGAGUGACAUCAGAGGUGGCUGCCAGCCUUCAGCAGAAGCUGAAGGUGUCAGACUGGAGCUAUGAGAGAGGCUGCAGGUUCAAGUCUGCUAAGAAGCAACGUUUGUCCCGCUGGAAGGAGAAUACUCCUUGGACCUCAACAGGCCAUGGGCUGUGUGAAUCAGCAGAAAGGACUUUCUUAAGCAAAACAGGAAGGAAAGAAAGAAUGGAGUGUGAAGCAGAUGACCAGAAACAGGGCUCUGAUGAGAACAUGUCAGAAUGUGAAACCAGCAGUGUGUGUAGCAGCAGCGACACGGGGCUCUUUACCAAUGAUGAAGGACGGCAAGGGGAUGAUGAGCAGAGUGAUUGGUUCUAUGAAGGAGAAUGCGUUCCCGGAUUCACUGUCCCUAAUCUUCUGCCCAAGUGGGCUCCUGAUCACUGCAGUGAGGUAGAGAGAAUGGACUCUGGACUUGAAAAACUUUCAGAUUCCACAUUCCUUUUGCCUUCCCGGCCAGCUCAGAGAGGGUAUCAUGCUCGCUUGAAUCGGCUGCCGGGAGCUGCAGCCCGAUGCCUUCGGAAGGGGCGGAGAAGGCUGAUUGGGAAGGAGACCAGCAUAAGCACUCUGGGAACCGAGAGGAUAAGCCAUAUCAUCAGUGACCCCCGGCAGAAAGAAAAGAAUAAAACAUUGGCCCCUGAUUUUCCUCACAUUUCUGCUUGUGCACAUGAGUUUAACCCCCUUUCUCCCCUUUACUCCUUGGACGUUCUUGCUGAUGCUUCUCACCGAAGGUGUUCACCUGCACACUGCUCUGCCAGACAGGCAAAUGUACAGUGGGGACUACCAUGUUCACGUGACAUUAAGAGGAAACGGAAACCUGUGGCCACAGCAUCUCUCUCUAGCCCUGGUGCAGCACACCCAGAUGCCCGGGAUCCAGCCACACCCGCCCAGAAGCUGCCAGACUCAGAGUGGUUGAGCAGGACCUCUGCAGCAGAAAAAGCCACUGACUCAGCUCCAGCCACCUUUUUCAAAACACCACAUGAAAAGAGCUCUGGGUGCAGCUAGAGCCCAGUAGCUGAGCCCCUGACUGACUGAAAUACUAAAAGGAUGAUGUGGAAGAAAUGCCACGAUAGCCACAGGUAGAUAGAUGGACAUGACUUGAGUCAAAAUGUAAUGAGUUUUUGAAUGAUAGUCAUUUUUCUCAAUUGCCAGUAAACACUGUAUAAGAUCCCACUACCUGAGUUCAUAUUUGAUCAUUAGAUUGUAGUUUCAAAGAAAAGGAUCACACAUUUUCCCAGCCUAAUGAUGAAUGCUUUACUAUAUGGCUCUGAAAAAUGAGAAAGUUCAAAGGAAAAAACCAUGUCAGGUACAUAGGAAACAAAAGUCCGUGUUUUAGUAAUCUGGCUAGCAUUUAAUCUCAGUACUUGAGUGCAUCACAGCCCACUCACAUUCAGGAAUGAGCCCACUCACACAGGAGUCUGCUCAAUGUGUCUGAGUGUUUGGGAUCCAGUAGCAAAUCAUCCCACUAUUUUGUCUGACUUGUGGGUUUAGCAUUUCAGAAUAUGAUGCUCUCAUCUUGAAGCUUUGAAAAGAAAUGACUUUGGGGAAGGGGGCGUGUUUUAUUUAUAGUAAUUAAUCUGAGCCCUGGCAUUGCUAAGCCUAAAAGCCCAAGUUCUCUCUUCUGAGAGCUGUGUGGCUGAGGAGUUCAUUGCAUUUGUGAAGGUGUUCUCAGCACUGUAGCACCGUCCCCUCAGAUGCUGUGUCUGUGUGGGUGUUUCUGUUCUCAGUUGUCCCAGCUUUGCUAAACACCACACAACUUACCUGUCCUAUUUUGAAGACCAGUUAAAACUACCUCUAGCCAGAAAGUAUAAGUAGGUACCAAGAAUUCUGUUAAUGGGCAUGAUGGUUUAUGCCCUUACAGGGCUGAGGCAGGAGGAUUCUAGGGCAGCCUGAGGUACACACAAGACCUUUUAAAAAACAAACAGCAAAAGCUUCCUAAGGCUUUAAUAAUGUACAUGCCUUUCUCUACAAGGUAGUUCUGGCUCUUUAUAGAAUCUUUCAGAUGUUUUGUUUAAAAAACAAAAUAAGAACAUUGAAAAAUGAACUCUGAGUGGUUUUAAGUUAAAAAUCAACCCAUCUUGCUACUUAUGGAUUAUACAUCUUGUUCUUCCCAGUAGGUGAUGAUCAACUGAGCAAACUGAUGCCAGCCCAAAAUCAUGGUGACAAUUCGAAUUGCUCCAUAUUUAGCUCAGCCAAUGCCUCUCCUGUUGUUUUUGCAAAGCAGCUUGCCAAACUGCUCUUCCUCUAACUCCAGCUGACCUAGAACUAAUUCCCCCAGUGGAUCACAGACCAAUUUCAUUAGAAUGGUGGACAUACUUCGGGUUUUUUUUAAAUUUAUUUAAUAACCACAUGAUUAGAAGAAGCAUUUCAUUUCAGCUU